AUGCCCAACUCCCUCCUCGAUUUCCUUCGCACUCACGACGAAGCGUUUCGUAGCCGCGCCCGCCUCGCAUCUCUCUACUCCGAUUUCACGUCACAACGAUCCACGAAUCCAGACGGCUAUACCGCAAACUCUACCGCUUGGCUCCGCGCUCUUUCUUCCGCGGCGAAAAAUGGAGUUCUACCGGGAAGAUUCGUGAUUGAGAUUGGGGAGGAGUUAUCGAGGAAUUUGGACUGUGAAUUUGGAAGACCUCUCGCGCUGGAGGCUGUCGUCGAGGAUGCGGUUAGGAGUGGCAAGUUGAUUGAGAAGGGAGAGUUUCUGGGGAGGAAGGAGAGUCUGUACAAGAAGCGGUGGAUACCGACUGUUGGGGAGGUGGUGGGCUGGGGUUUGAGGUCUUUGGGAGUUGCUGGCCGGGGAAGGUUUAUCAAAGGAGGUUUUGUUGUCGUUGGAAAUGUCGAGGCCGCGGCGAAGACUGUGCUGGAUCACAUGGAGAAGACGACGACAUCACCCAGCUCGAGGGUCUUCUCCAGGGAGCUGUUUGAAAGCAGCUUUGCACCUGCGUUGGGUACAGAACGACUUACCAAGGACGAUCUCUCCGUUCUCCUCACACAUCUCGCCCGGGAUCGAGAAGCAGCAUCAUAUGAUCCUAUCUCUGGAACCCUCAAGUUCAAGUCCGCCUCAGAGUCACAAUCGUCCGCAAUAUCUGAAGAGGACAUCUCARUCGCGUCUCUCCGCUCCCUGAUCUCCUCUUUAGAACCACAAAUCUCACAACUCAGCGCGAAGAUUUCCCAACUCGAUGUCUCAGCCCGAGAAGCUGUGGCGAAGAAACAACUCCACUCCGCCAAGAUCGCUCUACGACAAAAGAAGGCCGCCGAGACAAAACUCACGCAAAGAACGGCGACUUUGACACAAUUGGAAGAUGUGUACGCAAAGAUCGAACAGGCAAGCGAUCAAGUGGAGAUCGUAAAGGUCAUGGAGCAGAGUGGAGAGGCUCUGAAGAGUCUGAACAAACAGACUGGUGGAGUGGAGAGGGUACAGGAUGUCAUGGAUGGGCUGAGGGAGAGCAUGCAGGAUGUGGAAGAAAUUGGGCAGGCGAUCAAUGAGGUUGCUGCUGGUGAGGUGGAUGAGGGAGAAGUUGAGGAUGAAUUGGAGAUUAUGGAGAAAGUCGAGAGAGAGAAGCGCGAAGCUGUUGAGAGGGCUGAGAGGGAAGAACGGGAAGCUGCUGAGAAGAUUGAAAGGGAAGAGAAGGAGGCCGAGGAGAAGGUCGAGAGUGAGAAGAAGGAAGCACAAGAGGCUGAAGUUACGAGGCUUAGAUUGGCUGAGUUGGAGAGCGUUGUUGAUAAGCUGCCUGGCGAGAAGCAAGAGGGAAAUGAGGCGGAGAGUACCACCGCUUAG